UCUUUUCAAAUGAAUCCCAGGAACCAAAAAAAGAAAAAGGAAAAAAGAAAAGGAAAGCAAUGAUAGAGACGUGAAGGUGAAAGUGGUAGUUAGUCAAGUGUAGAGUAGUAUACUAUAGUAGUAGCAGUAGUAGAAAGAGUUUAAGGAAGAACAUGAACCAUGAAAAAUAGCAAAAGCUUUAGCUUUACUAGUAUUAUAUAGAAGUAUAUAAAAGCACAACCCUUUUCUGGUUUAUGGUUUUUUUGGUUAGUGAGAAUUGAGAGAUGUUUCAUUGUUGGUUGAUCGUUUUUCAGUUUGUUUUCAUGCAUGUUUAGUUGGUUUCCAAAGCCGGGAUUUUUGAGUCUGGGUUCAGUUUCAGCUACCAUGGAGUCGUUGCAAACCUCAAAAUCUGAGGAUGUCAAAGUUUUUCACGAUUUGAAGUACAGGUUUGAGAAAAUAUGUGUUUUUGUCUUCAAUAUUGAUGUUUAUUACACUGUUGAUUGUAGCCUUUUGGAAUGAGUUGUUUGUGAAUGUUUGGGAAUCCGAUGAUUGUUUUCUGGUAGAUGUUAAUUUUAGUUUAGUUCUUAACAAUUCUUUGAUUCUUUCUGGGGUGGGUUAAUGUUUUUUAAUUCAUUUAUUUUGCAUAUUCUGUCAAUUCUUUUUUGCAUACACACACAUUGUUCAUAUAGGAACACUUUGAAAGAAAAAAAGGUUUGAUUUCAAUAUUCUUUUAUUUGUUUCUGUAUUUUUCAUCGGAUUCCUUUUUAUCUCAUUUCUUUUGGUUUCUUGAAAACUCACACACUCACGUAGAAUUUGUCUAUCUCUCUAGAUUUGGUUUUUCCAAGUAUACAUGCAAAGUUUCAUAUGAACACAUAGGAUUUUAUACAUAAAAAAGAGAAAAAAAUAUACACUGCAUAGUUUCAAAACUUAUAGAAACAAAGAGAGAUAGGGAAAGAAACAGAGAAAAAGAACUGGGGGUGGGUGAAUUGGAAUUGAACUGAAAAAGAAACAAAAGAAAGAAAAUAGGAAGGUUGUAGAGAAAUGUUGGCUGGGUGUUCUAGUUCUACAUUGCUGUCACCAAGGCAUAGAUUGAGGAGUGAAGCAUCUGCACAGUUUCAAGCUUGCCAUUUCCAGACUUCAAUGAGCACACAGAGAUUGGACUUGCCAUGCAGUUUCUCUCGUAAGGACACUUCAAGGUCACAGCCGAUUAGGCCUGUUGGCCUUUCUGUGGAGAAACCAAUUGAAUCCAAGACCACCGGUUGUUCUCUGAAGCAGAAUAUCCGGCUGCCGCCAUUGACUACUAGUUCACAAAAUCCAUUUGAAGGAAGGAGAGAGAUCAAGGAUGAGUUUUGGGAGAAAGGUAAAAGUUUGAAGAGGUUUGCUGAGCAGGGUUUAGUUGAUGAGUCAGUCAUUAACAGGGCAAAAAGGAAAAAGGGUAGCAGUGAUAAUGAGGAUUCUGGUGAUUUUCAUGAAGGUGGUGGUGAUAAUUUGAGUUUAGGCCAGCUAGGUGCAGGAAAUUUUUGGUUUCAACCAAGUUUCACAGGACAGAAUGCUCCUCAAGUUCCUUUCUCUCUGACUUGUUCAGGGGAUGAAGAAAGGGUGUGUUUUGUUCCUGGUGAAGUGAUUUCUCCACCUUUGCCAUUGUCUAACAAUCCUUGGAUCGAAUCAGUAAUAACUGAGAUCACUGACGUCGGGGAAAAGGAUGUUGAGACAAUCCACAGGCCGGCAAACGAAACUUCAGGAUCGAGCACUUCUUCAGAGAGUCAUAGCUUGGGACUUCGGUUAAAUGAGCAAGCCACAGAACAAGAAGUGGGUAAUGGUUCUGGGAAUCCUUACCCGCACGACGGUGCUCGUUUGGGGGCUAACGAGGAGGAGAACAACCAUGGGGAGCAUCAGGGUUUUGAGCUUGUCCAAUUACUGACAGCUUGUGUUGAAGCAAUUGGAUCAAAGAACAUUGCUGCCAUCAACCAUUUUAUAGCUAAGUUGGGGGAUCUUGCUUCUCCAAGAGGAAGUGCUAUAAGCCGUUUAACUGCUUACUAUGCUGAAGCUUUGGCUCUUCGAGUCACAAGGCUUUGGCCUCAUAUUUUUCAUAUCACAACUCCUCGAGAGCUUGAUCGGGUGGAUGAUGACACUGGUACUGCAUUGAGGCUCUUGAAUCAGGUAAGCCCAAUUCCAAAAUUUGUCCAUUUCACAUCCAAUGAGAUACUGUUGAGAGCCUUCGAGGGGAAAGACAGGGUUCACAUCAUAGAUUUCGACAUCAAGCAAGGGCUACAGUGGCCUAGUUUGUUCCAGAGUUUAGCUUCAAGGACUAAUCCUCCAAGCCAUGUUAGAGUUACUGGAAUUGGUGAGUCCAAGCAAGAACUGAAUGAAACAGGAGACAGGCUUGCAGGAUUUGCUGAGGCAUUGAAUUUGCCUUUCGAGUUCCAUCCAGUUGUGGACAGGUUAGAAGAUGUGAGGUUGUGGAUGCUUCACGUGAAGGAGAAAGAGAGUGUAGCUGUGAAUUGUGUGUUUCAACUGCACAAGACACUUUAUGAUGGAAAUGGAGGAGCACUCAGGGACUUUUUGGGACUUCUUCGUAGCACAAAUCCUGCAGUAGUCGUCAUGGCAGAGCAAGAAGCUGAGCAUAAUGUCCUCAGCUUAGAUGCAAGAGUUACCAAUUCAUUGAGAUACUACUCUGCCAUAUUUGACUCAAUGGAUUCUAGCCUUUCCUUGGAAAGCCCGAUUAGGAACAAAAUAGAGGAAAUGUUUGCACGGGAAAUCAGGAAUAUAAUUGCUUGCGAAGGAAGCGACAGGUUUGAAAGGCAUGAGAGUUUUGAGAAGUGGAGGAAGUUGAUGGAGCAAGGAGGUUUCAGAUGCAUGGGGGUUAGUGAGAGGGAACUGCUUCAGAGCCAAAUGCUGUUGAAGAUGUACUCUUGUGAGAACUACAGUGUCAAGAAGCAAGGGCAGGAUGGUGUGGCGCUUACUCUAAGUUGGUUAGAUCAGCCACUUUAUUCAGUCUCAGCUUGGACACCGGUUGAUGUUGCAGGCAGCUCAUCCUCGUUUUCUCAGCCAAGCUGAUUGUUGCAGAUUUACUUUUUCUUCAUACAUACCAUCUCAUUUGAUUCCAUUCUUGCAUACAGAAAGGGACACAGAAUUCUUUGUAGGUAGAGAAAUCUGUCAUUAUUCUUUCAUUCUUUGUUGCAGAUAAGAUUGGUCAGUCUAGUGCCGGAACCAUUUUAAUGAAUACAGUAGCUUCAUACCGAGUCAGCUCUUUAGAUAUCAGUCUGUAGUAUUGGAGUAAAUUAAUUUGGUGUUUAUUCUUUGAUUCUUUAUGUAUCAUGAAAUUCUUUAUAGCAGUCAUUUCAUUUGUUGAAGGUUUGUCAGAAUUAUGAACAAUGUAGUUGGAAAUUCAUCAUCAUAUAUAAAAGGAUUUCGUUGAUUUGUGUUCA